AUGAUUCUCUUCUGCGACCAUGAAGCAGGGGAACAGAACAACGAGGGUUAUUUGGAUUUUCAGGCCCUCCCUGAAGCCCCAUAUCCACUGGACCAGGAGUCCCACGGGGGCAGGCCUCUGUCUGCCCUGUCUCCACGAAUCUCCAGGGACAACGCAGUGGCUGACAAACAGCACAUAUGUCAGCCAACCACAAAGGCGUCCAAAGACCGGGCUGUAGGCCCCAGGCAGAGGGUAUUCCAUGAGCAGGGCAUCCUCUUUGGCUACCGGCACCCACGGAGUUCUGCCACUGCCUGUAUCCUCAGCCUUUUUCAAAUGACCAAUGAGACCCUCAACAUCUGGACUCACUUGCUGCCCUUCUGGUUCUUUGUGUGGAGGUUUGGGACUGCACUGUAUGUGACGGACAUCCAGAGUGACAGCUACUCCUGGCCUAUGCUCGUGUACAUGUGCACCAGCUGCGUGUACCCCCUCGUGUCCAGCUGUGCCCACACCUUCAGCUCUAUGUCCACGAAUGCCCGGCACAUCUGCUACUUCCUGGACUAUGGCGCUGUCAACCUCUUCAGCCUGGGCGUAGCCAUUGCCUACUCUGCAUAUACGUUCCCGGACGCGCUGGUGUGCACCACCUUCCAUGACUACUAUGUGACCCUGGCCGUGCUGAACACCAUCCUCAGCACCGGCCUCUCCUGCUACUCCAGGUUUCUUGAAAUCCAGAAGCCCAGGCUCUGUAAGGUGCUUCGUAUCCUCGCCUUUGCUUAUCCCUACACCUGGGACUCCCUCCCCAUCUUCUACAGGCUAUUCCUGUUCCCAGGGGAGAGUGCACGAAAUGAAGCCACCCUGUACCACCAGAAGCACGUGCUUAUGACCCUCCUGGCCUCUUUCCUGUACUCUGCUCGCCUGCCGGAGCGCCUGGCCCCUGGACGCUUUGACUACGUUGGUCACAGUCAUCAGUUGUUUCAUGUGUGUGUGAUCCUGGCCACGAACAUGCAGAUGGAAGCCAUACUUCUGGACAAGACUCUGAGGAAGGACUGGCUUCUGGCCACCUCCAGGCCCCUCACCUUCCCUCAGAUCGCUGGAGCUGUGCUUCUGUGUGUCAUCUUCAGCCUCGGCAACAUCAUCUAUUUCUCGGCUGCUCUGUAUCGGAUUCCCAAGCUGGAAUUACAUAAAAAAGAAACAUGA